GGCAUAGGCUUGCAGGCCCCUUGCGAGCCAGGGUCAUUCAAGGACUGCAGUGAGAGUUAGGAAAGCCAGGCAAACCUGAGCCAGGAGGAGAAAAUGUUCUCUUCCCCUUAUCUCAUGUUGCAAGUUCUGAAUGCCUGGAUCAGCAAGAAGUGGCUCUUGCCUAGAUUAGAGGUGUUCCUUCUUAGGACAAGAACAUGCUGACUCCAGAGGAAGGGUGGCUGAGAGAAUUCUUUAAUGUAUCUUUCUUCAAGGAUGUUAGUUUAGUCCCAUUAUGUGCUGAAAGUACACAUUGUUAUGAUUAUCUGAUUGCUGCAAGUAUAUAGCUGUGUGGGAAAUAAACGACAGCAUGCAGUUGCAAGUGCUGCCUUUGCUCUGCAUCCCCUGUGUCCCGGUUCUUUCGCGACCCUUACCCAGGGACGCCAACGCACUAGACGUUGACAAUUGGCGCCCGAACAGGGACCCUGAAGGACGUACAGGAAGGAGGAUGGACGGACCUGUUCCUGGCUCCCCGCGAGAUGGAUCCGGUCGAGGACCAAUUCGAAUGUGUGCAUUACUUACUGUAUCAUCUUCUGCCGAGGCGACAAAUGAUACUGCCGCGGAGCCAAUGGAAUGAGUCAGUGGUAAAUCAUCGACUGAUGGCCUGGGGAGAUGGCGGCAUUGCAGACCCUCGUAUAUCACAUCAGAAAUUUCCUGAUCAUAUUCAAACGCACUUAUGGAAAAUUGCAGCUGCGCUUAAGACUGUUCGAAUGUACAAUGGAACUUUUUCUGGCACAGCAAACUCUGCAUCAACUUAUAACUUCACUAUUUCUAAAGAAAUGAAUGUAACUGCUUGUGUGCCUUUACCAUAUCUAUUUCUGGUUGGGAAUUUUAGUUUCAAUAAUGGAAUUAACUGUACCAAAUGCCGACUAUACUCCUGUAUCAAUAACUCUAUAGAAUUUAAAUUGGGAUAUUCUCUCAUGAUUUUGCAACAACGUUCUCACAUUUGGCUUCCAGUAAAUCUAGAACGACCAUGGGCUCAAAAUCCCGUGGACACCUUAGUUUUGGAGUUUUUCAAAAAAAUGCUGAAACGUUCUAAACGCUUUGUCGGCAUUAUUGUAACGGUUAUUUUAAGUUUGAUCACAGUUACCGCGCUGGCCGCGGUAUCUGGUAUAGCAUUACAUACCUCUCUGCAAACCAAACAUUUCGUGGAAAAUUGGCACCGUGAUUCCCGAGACCUUUGGCUUUCCCAGACCAUGAUUGAUACUCGCUUGCAAACACAAAUAGAUGUCCUUAGGCAGACUGUGAGUUGGUUAGGAAAGAAGGUCUUGACGCUAGAGAGGCAAAUUUGGCUGCGUUGCGAUUGGAAUUCCACAACCUUUUGUGUUACCAAUUUAAAAUAUAAUGAGUCACAGCAUGAUUGGAGCAUCAUCCAAAGAUACUUAAAAGGUAAUUCAUCGGCGGUUGACAUGAUCAAUAAUCUGCACACGAAUAUUCAGGAGAUAUUUGGUAGACCAUUUGAGACUGAAGAUGCUGCCACUCUGGCAGACUUGUUCCUUAAACAACUUGAGGGAUUAGACCCAAAAGGUAUCAUUCAGAGUUUGGGGCAUACCGCUGGAGGAAUGGGCAUUGUAUUGCUAGUUGUUAUCUUAUGCUUUACGCUGCUACAUUUCUGUUAUAUAAAACCGCCCCAGAAUUCUAUGGCCACCCUUUGGAAAGCACUUUUGCUGAAACAAAAGAAAAAAGGGGGAAAUGAGAUGGCAUAGGCUUGCAGGCCCCUUGCGAGCCAGGGUCAUUCAAGGACUGCAGUGAGAGUUAGGAAAGCCAGGCAAACCUGAGCCAGGAGGAGAAAAUGUUCUCUUCCCCUUAUCUCAUGUUGCAAGUUCUGAAUGCCUGGAUCAGCAAGAAGUGGCUCUUGCCUAGAUUAGAGGUGUUCCUUCUUAGGACAAGAACAUGCUGACUUCAGAGGAAGGGUGGCUGAGAGAAUUCUUUAAUGUAUCUUUCUUCAAGGAUGUUAGUUUAGUCCCAUUAUGUGCUGAAAGUACACAUUGUUAUGAUUAUCUGAUUGCUGCAAGUAUAUAGCUGUGUGGGAAAUAAACGACAGCAUGCAGUUGCAAGUGCUGCCUUUGCUCUGCA